UAAGCAAUAACACAUGGACUUGCAGAAAAUAUAUGAAAAAUACAACAGUAUCACAUAGAAGAAAAUGGCCGGUAUCCUACAAAAGGAAGAAACAGAUCAACUCCUGAAAUGGAUUGGGGGUCGGAGGAAAUUCCGACUCUUGUAUAAGAUAACCAGGGACGGAUGUUCCGGUUCGACAUUCCAUUCCAAGUGUGACAACAAGGGGAUGACUGUGACUGUCCUGUACAACAACAAUGAUACCGUGUACGGGGGAUUCACAUCUCAAAACUGGACCAGCGUGGGAGGAGCCUACGUCUCCGACCCUAAGGCUUUUCUCUUCCAGCUAAAGUUCAAUGGGAAAUGGUCACCCAACCAGUUUCUGAUCAAACCGGAUAAACAUGCUAACGGAAUAUAUUGCAAUACAAGUCAUGGACCUUAUUUUGGAGGAGGGCAUGAUAUUGCAACAUUCGGUGGCACUAUCAAUGCAAGUAAUGGUAUUUUUGCUCUUAAUGGGUCCUGUAAUCUGGGUCACACCUACGACAUGAAAGGAACUGACUUCAAUUCCUUUGCCAAUGGAAACUUACAAGUAAAGGACUUGGAAGUUUAUCAGGUCGAUGAAUGUGACUUGAAUGAUCCGUUAGAAGUUCCUUGGAGGAAAACUCCAGAAUGGACAACAAGGGUAAUGCAAGAACUGAAGGAAGAAAUAGAGAACUACAGACCACUAGAACAGCUGAAGUUACGUCAGACAAAAGUCCUCCUGAUUGGUCAGAUAGGGGCGGGAAAGUCCAGUUUCUUUAAUACAGUGAACUCCAUCUUCCGCGGUUACGUGACCAGCCAGGCGUGUAGCGGAACGGCUGACCACAGUCUCACCACGCAGUUCAGAGCUUACCAAGUGAGAAAUGGCCCUUCUGGUAAACCUCUCAACUUCCGGUUAUGCGACUCACGUGGCCUGGAAGAAGGACAGGGGAUCGAAAAGCAAGAAAUGUGCUAUCUAUUGGAUGGUCAUGUGCCAGAUAAAUACAUUUUCAACCCUUCGGUUCCGCUGACCCCAGACACCCCAGGGUUUAUCAAGGCCCCGAAGCUGAAGGAUCAGAUUCACUGUGUGGCCUUUGUGAUCGAUGCAUCAACAGUAGACGUCAUGUCGGAGAAAAUUCUAGAAAAAAUUAGAAAUCUUCAAACACCCAUGAAUCAAAGAGGUAUCCCUCAGGUUGUAUUACUCACAAAGAUUGACAAAGUUUGUGAGCCCCUGCAGCAUGACGUCGGAUUGACGUAUUUGGUCCCCGCCAUUCAGGAGUACGUGGACAGGGUGGCGAUGAUGAUUGGUCUACCGAGAUCUCACGUGAUUCCCGUCAAGAACUACGAGAGUGAGCGAGAACUUGACACCA